GCUCGGGCGGGCGGCCUUCGCCGGUCUCCGGGGCCGGGGAACGAGUCCACAGAUGUGCAUGGGGAGGUCCCUGGUCGGCCUCACCUAUUGUAGCUGCUACCUGGCGUCCUACAUCACGAACAAGUAUGUCCUGUCUGUCUUGAAAUUUACCUACCCUACAUUAUUCCAAGGGUGGCAGACGUUCAUCGGUGGACUCCUGCUGCAUGUGUCGUGGAAGCUAGGCUGGGUGGAGAUCAGCAGCGGCUCCAGGUCUCCUGUUCUGACGUGGCUUCCCGCUUCGCUGCUGUUUGUGGGUGUCAUCUAUGCUGGGUCCAGAGCCUUGUCCAGACUGGCCAUUCCUGUGUUUCUCACUUUGCACAAUGUAGCUGAAGUGAUCAUCUGUGGGUGCCAGAAGUGUUUCUGGAAAGAGAAAACAUCUCUUGCUAAGCUUUGCAGUGCCUUCUUCCUCCUGGCUGCCGCCGGGUGCCUUCCCUUCAGCGAUGCCCAGUUCGAUCCUGAUGGGUAUUUUUGGGCUGCCAUUCACUUCCUCUGUGUUGGGGCCUAUGAAAUAGUGCGAACAUCCCGGAAACCCAGCGCCAUAAGUGACAUUGACCAACAGUACUUAAACUAUAUCUUCAGUGUGGUGCUGCUGGCCUUUGCAUCUCCCUCGACAGGUGAUCUCUUCAGCGUCCUGGAUUUCCCGUUCCUCUCAUUCUACCGGUUCCAUGGCAGCUGCUGUGCCAGUGGAGUUUUAGGAUUCUUCCUCAUGUUAAGUACAGCGAAGCUAAGAAGCCUUGUGGCCACUGCACAGUAUGCAUCCUGGAGAUUCUUUGCUAAGGUGCUCACAGCUGCUCUGUCCGUGUUGCUGUUUGAUGCGACCCUGACCAGUGCGACUGUAGGCUGCCUCCUGCUCACAGCACUUGGAGAGGCCCUGCUGAUUUUCUCCGAGAAGAAGAGCUGCUAGAGAAGAUGGACAGCCAUGCCAGCAGGAGCCCACGUGCCCGAGCCCUGAGCCCCCUGCUGCGGCCGUCAGAAAAAGGAACUCAGCAGAGUCUGGGACCUCCUUGUGCCCUGACAGAGCUGGAUGUGGUGAUCCAUCUCACAAGAACUUCUGGGGGGUCUCUUUUGUGGAGUCCCUACUUUCACCUGGCUGCACAUGGAUCUGCAGAAACAGAAAAGUGAGGGUCGCAGCAUGAUCAUUCCACUUGGCCCUGUCUGAUCAGCCUGCUUCUCCCUACCAAACUCCACCCUGCCCCUGCCCACUGAGAAGGCUGUAACCCGAGGUGCAUUUUUCUGUGUCCUUUCUGGUUUGUGUCUUCAGUCCUGGGAGUUUCCUCUGGGAACGUGCUUUGCUUGCUCUCACCCUGGCUUGCCCAAAGCCACACAUGCGCAUAUGUGGGCACAGAGCAGGCAGCUCGUGGGGGCUGCUAUGGAGCAUCCAUGGAGGGUGCUGGGAAUUCUAGGCCAAGAAAGAAGCCAGCAAGGACACUGUGCAUUUAACCUGCGGUGAGAGAUGGCCUUGUUGUGAUUGAUCUUGCCAUUUGUUUCCUGCUUACAGACUCCUCUUGGUUUUUGGAAACUUGCAGGGUUUUUCUGUAAAUGUGUGUUUCAUUCUGCAUUCUGUUUUUCACCCGUUUGGCGAAGUGAGUAACUAAAUGAUCAUCAGGGGGAACAGGGUCGCAAGCACUGAUGAACAACCUCCACAAACAGCUCAUAGAAACAAUGCUUCUAUACACAUAUGCACACUCACCAGGCGCAUUUUUGUUUAUAUUCCUUAAAACUUGGAUCGUUUAAUUCCCUGAUAUCUGAGAGAAGGUUUCAAAUCAUUCAACAAUGAAGUGUAAUUUUUACAACCAGAUUAAAUUGGAAGGACGCUAGUAUUGUGGUGCAGCAAGUUAAGCUGCCCUUUGAUGUGCCAGCAUCCCAUCUUGGAGCACCAGAUUGGAUUUCAACUGCUAUGUUUCUGAUCCAGCUUUCUGCUAAUGGUCUGAGAAUUCCGCACAAGACGGCCUUGCCCUCCAUGUGGGAGACCUGGAUGAAGUUCUUCAGCUUGGCCCAGCCCUAGCUGC